CAACAGCGCUAACUCAUCUCGCAAGAUCACAGCAGCGAACCAUGAGGUCGUCGGCUGCCGACGCUGGCAUCCCCGCCACCGCCGUUUGCUUUGGUACCUCUUAGGCGAAAUUGUAUGCAUCCAGCUCUGAAAUCCGUGUGCCCACGACCGCUCGAAGAUGCUGAAUAGAGUGCAUUAGUGCAACGCGAUGUAAACAGUGCCAUGUGCAUAUUAAAGUGUUUUUCUCCAGUGUGAAUAAUUGAUGUCUGGACGUCGCCAUGGCCAUCAACUUCUCGGCCUCCUUCGCCGCCUGUCUGGCCGCCGGCCUCAAGGUGCCUCGCCAAAUUAUGUACUGCAUCUCUCAAGAUACGGCUGCCCCUUACGUGCUGUACAAAGAUGGAAUGGACCGCACCCAGGGACAGUGGAGCAUUCAAGAACCAUACCCCACUGCGCAACCGCAACCGCAGCCGCAGAACACUCCAGUAUCCGAAAACACCCAACAAAUAUGCGGUCCGCCGGUACCCUUGGGCGCAGAAGCUGAAGCAAUUCCUACACGAGACCAAAGUUUACCAUCCCCAGCACCUUCGCCCUAUUCCGCAACUCAAGCCGAACCUAGAGAAGAUGAGAUCACGACGGAACAAACAAACAUGGCGAUGGAUUCCAGACCGGCCUCCCAAUGUUUUCCCACCGAUCUCCACCAUCAGACGCCCCAGCCUUACCAGCAGUAUACGAGGCCUCCACCGCCUGCUGCGCCACCUCCUGUACCGGCCCACAUGCUGGGAGCCGGCAGCUUCUCGGCCCUGCAUUACUUGAAGCAGCCCGGAGUGAUGCUUGGCAACAUUUGCGGCGACGGCAACAAUCACCUGGACCAGUUCAGUCAGAGUAUGCCCGAUUUGCGGUCGGUUCCGUUGCCGGACGUGGGCGACCAACAGCACAACCUGAAACCGCAGAAGAGCAUGAGUGCGGAACUGAGGUUGUUCAAAUGCUUAACUUGCGGCAAAGACUUCAAGCAGAAAUCGACGUUGCUGCAGCACGAACGUAUACACACCGACAGUAGGCCUUACGGUUGUCCCGAAUGCGGGAAGCGGUUUCGACAGCAAAGUCACUUGACUCAGCAUCUGAGGAUACACGCGAACGAGAAGCCGUACGCGUGCGUGUACUGCGAGAGAACGUUCCGGCAAAGGGCUAUCCUGAACCAGCACCUCCGCAUCCAUUCCGGUGAGAAGCCCUAUGAGUGCCCGGAGUGCGGGAAACACUUCCGGCAGAAGGCUAUCCUCAAUCAGCACGUCCGCACACACCAAGAUGUCAGUCCUCAUCUUGUAUUCAAAAACGGCAUCAACCCCACCUUAUGGCCUCAGGACGUGCCUUUUCCAGCGGAAGAGGGCAAAGAAGAGGUAACGUCCACCUAUGGCGAUGGAGACGGGCAAAACGACAGGACUAACUGUUUCUCCCCUAGCAACUUACCGUCGAAUCUACAAUAUCCUGCCUACUUCAAAGACACGAAGGGAACGAACCAUCCUAUUUUCUCAUCCAGCAACAAUUUUCCGUCACUGCAAUACAUCAAACACGCACAAGGUAACAAAGGUAUGCCGGAACUCAUACAGCAUGGUAGGUCGGCUGGUAUGCCCCUUUACGUCCGUUGUCCCAUAUGCCAGAAGGAGUUCAAGCAGAAGUCCACGUUGCUGCAACACGGUUGCAUACACAUAGAAUCUCGUCCUUACCCCUGUCCAGAAUGCGGGAAGAGGUUCAGACAACAGUCCCACUUGACGCAGCACCUAAGGAUACACACCAACGAAAAACCUUACGGAUGCGUGUACUGUGGUCGGAAUUUCAGGCAAAGAACUAUUCUAAACCAGCACCUACGCAUACACACGGGUGAGAAACCCUACAAGUGCGGUCAGUGUGGCAAGGAUUUCAGGCAGAAAGCCAUCUUGGAUCAGCACACGCGGACGCACCAAGGGGACAGGCCGUUCUGCUGUCCGAUGCCCAACUGCAGGAGGAGAUUCGCCACGGAACCAGAGGUGAAGAAACACAUCGACAACCACAUGAACCCCCAUUCGGCGAAGACCAGAAGGGAUUCCACUAGUUCCGAGAGGAAACACAGCACCAAUGGUAUGCUUCCCCGAGGACUGACGCCAUCUGCCGUCGUCAAGCCGGAGUUGUACUUUCCACAGUGCUACACCUCCAGCUUCAAUCCUGCUACGACAAUUUCCCAGUUCCAGUCACCUCCUCCGGAAUUUAAGCCGCCUAACAACCUUCCUGUUCAGUGACUAGCGGCCGGCUGGCAACUGGGACCUUGCAUAGGGUAAUCUUUGCCAGCAUCUUCUGGGUAACACGAGCGAUCUCACAGAGGAGUGCAAUACUAGCGAACUGAUUGACCGAUUGAGUGACUGGUCGGGAUGUUAUGUCGUGAAAGGGACGACAUUUCACGCUGUGAUCGACCUAUUUUUGAAGGCGCUAACCAAGGGUUCGAGCAACGUAUCGAAAUAUAGUGAUAUUUUCAUGCAGUUGACCCUAAGAUAUUCUUAUGUGGGUAUGAUAAUAUGUUCUAUUUAUGAGAAUUUAGAAAAUAUCACUUGGUGUUAUCGAUCGGAAAUAUCUGCUGAAAAUUGUUAAACUUUGUAUUUGUUUUUGUUUUUAUCUUAUUUUUGAGUAAGAUAUAUGUGGGUGGGAAGUUGGCCCAGCACUUUUCGAUCUUCUAAAAAAAAAUUCGUGCUGAAUUGUGCUAGGUUUGUGCUGCUUUGUGCCGUGGAUUUUUUUAAUUCCAUAGGGUUCUCAAGAUUUUCCACAGAUUGUUUUUUAUUUUUUCAUUUUUUGUUUUUUUUAUGGCUGAUAUAGACAGUGCUUUACGUAUACUGAGUUGUGUCGAGAUUUCCUCAUAUAUCCCGGAAAAUCGAAAAUGCAGAAGGAAAUUGGCCCAGCACUUUUGUUUUUUGUUCCUAAAAAUGAGUGAAAUAAUUUGUGCUGACUUGUGCCGUGAAUAUUUUCUCGGAAAUUCCUUGAAUUUUCCGGGAAAUUGAA